GCUGUCUGACUGUUCUCAGCGAUUGCGACUACCAUGGCUAGCCUACCUGACGAGACGCUACGCAAGAUUUUAGUCCAAAUCCAACAAACCGCUAUUCAGUCCCAGAGAGCUCUCAACCUGACGAAACAGCAGACUGCCGCGAAGGAACGCGAGCGCCGUAUUUUGCAACUCACGAUCGAUGAGAUCAGCCAUAUGGAGCCAAACACCAAUAUGUAUAAAGGUGUCGGGAAGAUGUUCGUCAUGGUGCCUCGACCUGAGAUGGAGAAGGACCUGAAAUCCCAAGAAAAGGAGCUUACAGAUGAUGUGAAUGGGUUGAACAAGAAGAUGAAAUACCUCGAGAAGCAGUUCAAUGAUGCACAAUCACAGCUUAGAGAUAUUUUCAAUAGUGCUCCCAGGUCUUAGUUAAACCUACCUGGUUUUGGGGAUCGUUGUACCGCGUUAUCAUUCGUCUAGUAUUGACGCGACUUGCGCCUACAAUUGCGGUGAAAUCAAGUUGAGUAUUGUGCUUAUGAGGGUCCGUAUGCUAGUUCUUCCCUAAUGAUGUAUGUAGUCGUCCUCUGUACACUGCCUCUCGAAGCGUUCGCCU